AACAGUCACAAGAUUCACUCGUCGCCACACCCAGGUCCGUCCCUGCAUUUUUUCCAUAAUCAUUUUCUAUUUCUUUUUGCCUUUUUGCGUACACCAUGAUGCUUCGACGAUUAUGCACUGUGUCUGCUGCAGUACGUCCGCAGAUUUUCCGCUCCCAAAGGUUUAUGUCUACUGAGACAGUCAAAGAGGUUUAUACACCGAAACAGCGCCGUUUUGGUGUAGGCACCGCCUUUAUGUGCACUUUACCUUUUAUUGCUUUCGGUCUCGGAACAUGGCAGGUGCAACGUCUGCGCUGGAAGGUUAAUUUGAUUCAGAAUCUUGAAGAGAGAAUGGACAUGCCACCCAUUCCGCUUCCCCGACGUAUAAACGAGGACACCGUGAAAGAUUACGAAUAUCGUCGUGUGGCAGUGACUGGUCAUUAUCGCCAUGACAAAGAAAUGUUGCUCGGUCCACGCACUCGAGGCGACGGUAAUGUGGGCUAUUUUAUCAUUACUCCGCUUGAACGAAAGAAUGGUACGAGUGUGUUGGUGAAGCGAGGCUGGGUAUCCACCGCCAAGAAAGAUCAACGUGCACGACCAGAAAGUUUAGAGGAGGAUGAAGUGGAAGUUGAAGGCUUAUUGCGCAUGUCGGAGAGACGAAACACAUUUACGCCCGACAAUGCUCCUUCCAGCAAUCAAUGGUAUUGGACAGAUGUAGAAACGAUGGCUCAACUGACCGGCUCAGAGCCUCUUCUUGUUGAACGUGUAUCAGAUCAAUCGCCGUAUGUCGAGCAUGCGCUCAUUGAUCGAGGUAUUCCAGUAGGACGCUCUCCUGUGGUGGAAGUUCACAAUAGCCAUCUUCAGUAUAUUUUUACCUGGUAUGCGCUAUCCAUUGCCACUUCAGCGAUGUUAUGGAAACUGCUUAGAAAACCGGCCCAUCGUCCCAAAGUGGUCAAGCGACUCUAGACCUUGGAAACUAUUUUAGCAUUUUAUUUUAGAACC